GGAGAAGCAUUACUUACUUAGGGUUGGUACACCUCAUUUUGCAUUGGCAUCUUCCAAGGAACCUGAGCGUCUUGAGCUUCAGGCUGCACCAAUGGCCUCUACUGUAGAUUCCAGCAGCAACAAGAGCAGCUUGCUGAUGCUUCGUGAGAAAGUGAAGAAACUUGGCAGGGUUCCUGCUUCGUGGGCGGCAUACGCAUGGAGUAUUGGAAGAGAAGAUCAGAGGAGAGCCAUUCAUGCUCUCAAGGUUGGCCUGGCUCUCACACUUGUCUCACUCUUGUACAUACUAGAACCACUGUUCAAAGGAUUGGGAAAGAAUGCAAUGUGGGCUGUCAUGACAGUUGUUGUUGUGCUCGAAUUUACUGCAGGUGCAACUAUAUGCAAAGGUCUGAAUAGAGGAUUUGGAACAGUUGUUGCGGCAUCUCUAGCAUUUAUCAUUGAACUUGUAGCAGUAAAAUCUGGAAAAGUUUUCCGUGGUUUCUUUGUGGCAUCUUCAGUCUUUCUGAUAGGAUUUGCGGCAACAUAUUUGAGAUUCUUCCCAUCCAUUAAGAAGAGCUAUGACUAUGGGGUGGUAAUUUUUCUACUAACCUUUAAUCUGAUCACGGUCUCAAGCUUCCGCCAAGAGAAUGUGCUGCCUUUAGCACGAGAUCGCUUAAGUACAAUUGCAAUAGGGUGUGCCAUAUGUCUCUUUAUGAGUCUCUUAGUACUACCAAACUGGUCAGGAGAGGACCUCCACAGCUGCACUGUUCGCAAAUUUGAAGGAUUAGCAAGAUCAGUUGAAGGUUGUGUGAAUGAGUAUUUCCGAGAUCAAGAGAAGGAUGAUAACAUUUUUGAUAAGCAAGCGUCAAGAGAUUACAUUCAUACUGGCUAUAGAGCAGUACUAGAAUCAAAAUCAAAUGAUGAGACACUGGCACACUAUGCAAGCUGGGAGCCAAGACACUCAACGCAGUGUUACAGUUACCCAUGGCAAAAGUAUGUGAAGCUUGGAUCAGUGCUUAGGCACUUCGCAUAUACUGUCGCUGCACUUCAUGGGUGUCUCGAAUCGGAAAUUCAGACUCCAACAUCCGUCAGAUCACUAUUCCGAAAUCCAUGCACUAGAGUUGCACAAGAAGUGACCAAGGUUCUACAGGAGCUUGCAAACAGCAUAAGAAAUCACCAUCGUUGUGCCCCUGAUGUGUUGUCUGAUCAUCUUCACGAAGCACUACAGGAUCUAAACUCAGCAAUAAGGUCACAACCACGGCUAUUUCUUGGCUCAAAACAUGGAUCUGCCAAUAGUCGUAUGCUAAUUGAGUUGAACUCAACCAAGCAUACUACCUCAAGAACUGCUCUGCCUUCAUUCAAGACCGAUACAGCAUCACUAUUAGAAAGGAAAAUCACAAAAGGAGAUCGACCACCAGAACGCAAUGAGAGGAGCACAUUAGGGCGGACACUAAGUAAGAUAGCCAUCACGAGCCUUGAGUUCUCUGAAGCACUUCCAUUCGCUGCUUUUGCUUCAUUACUGGUAGAAAUGGUAGUACGACUGGAGCUGGUUAUUGAGGAAGUUAAGGAACUGGAAAGGGCUGCAAAUUUUAAAGAGUUCACUGGGCAUGAUCAUCUGACCAUUGAUCUCACUUGCAAGGAAGAGAAGAGAAACAACAAUGGUGUACCAGGCAGCCACACAGUGUCUGCUGCAGCUGAAUAAGCACUCACUUGUAGAUCAGAGCAGCAGCAUAUCAAUCAUUCUGAAAACAAUAUGUAUUUAUUCUUUUGUUAGAAAAAGAUGAGCUGUAUAACCUCAGUUUUA